UCUAAUUCAAUACCGUACAGCUUUACCGGCGUAUGAUAUUCUUAAUGGGUUUAUUACAUUUAUGCUGGAUAUACGUAUCUGUACAAUCCUGUUAUAUCUAAAUUAAGCUGCUGAAUAAAAUAUCCCCGAAAUUCUAUAUGCCGGCUAAUUAAUCAGCAUGCGGAGAAAGGAAAGCAUAAUCCGCAUUAUUGUACGCGUGGUGCUGGGACUCAGAUGUGCCGUGUUGGUGGAUGCCCAGCGCAUGGGCAGUUUCUCAAUUAGCGUUCCAUCAUUCAGCGCUCCCGCACCCAUUUUCUUCAUGCCCAGCUACUCGGCGCCUCCGCCCGCCGUUCAUUUCUUCCAAUCGGCGCCUGUUCCCAGCGUCCCGGCCCCGCCUCCCGAGGUCAUUAACACCGACCACCAAAUGAACUUCCGGUCCGCACCCGCCCCCGUCUCAGCGCCCAUACCCUUUAUUCCGGUGUUCGACAACGUCCGGGAACGCUUCCCGAAUCCCGUCGCAGUGCCUACGGGAGACAUCCGUGUUCGGGAGCCCACCGGAAGUGGCAGCAACCAGCUCUUCCGAUCGUCCCUCAACGAAAUGAACGCCCCUUCCGUGAACGAUAACUUCAGAAGUCAAGGGCGUCCCGGGACGGUCCUCGUGGACUCCCCCAUCCCCGGGGACCUACCCAUCCGCACCCGGCCCUUCGCCGCGCUCCCGGCGCCGGUCUCCAAUGAACGCACCCGCGACAACGUUAUCCCGGAGCGGCUGGCACUUCCGGUGCCGCAUCCCGGCAGUGCGCUGCCCACCCGCGCGUCUCUGUUGGGAUCCCCCGGAAGUGACCCGGCCCGCCACCGCCCGGUCGACGGGACUGGUCACCACCACCACAAACCGCCGGGCCACCCCCAUAAGCCGAAGGUUCCGCAGUGGAUCAUCCCGCUGAACUGGGACGUGGCGACCGGGGCGGUGGGAUCCGCGGGGUGUGGCUUCACGGUGAGCAACUGCAACCAGAAUCCCGAGGUGCAGGGUUUUAUCAACCAGGUCCUGGAGAACAGCGGCGUGAAGGAGCUCCUGCGCUCCUCCACCACUGCGACGCGCAGGCCGACGACGCGCAAGCCGACGUCGACGACGGGUAUGGAAAUCAACGCGGUACCUCCCGAUUCCCUGUUUAUACCCGGAGAGCUACUGAUGAAUACGACGAUUACGAGUAUAGCAAAAAAUUUAAUAUAAUAUUCAUAUAUACUUUAUCGUUAUCGUUUAUGUAUAUGUUAUUAUAACGUCUUUUAUAGAUAUAGAGUGAUCUUGUGUUGUUUUUGCUUAAUUAUGCUGUUCUACGUCGCUGUAAAAAUUGCAGUGGGCAGGUUUUUCUGUCGCGCAUUAUUGACUACAAAAUUUUGUA